GGAAAAGAGCAAUUUUCUAAACUAUACAGCACUGCAGGCUUGCAUACAUUUGCACUCUACGUCUUAUAAAAUUUUAAGCUCCUGGUUUUAAGUGUCUGCUUCGGGCGAAAAAAGAAACAAAAAUCUAUAUAAACCGCGACAGCCAGCAGAGCGAUGUCGAGUGGCGAUGCGGCUUCGGUGGACGAAUUAGUCGAGCGUGUGGUGGAAGUUACAGCCUGCACAGCGGAGGAGGCCAAACAUUACCUGGGCGCUUGUGCCAACGAUGUGGCGGCAGCCGUUGCAUUAUUUUUUGAACAGGGUGGCAACGGUGCUGCUGCCGUUGGCGCAUCCACAUCCUCCAGUGCAUCGGGCGCAGCAGCAGCAGUAGGUCAGGAUGAGGACGAAGUGCGUCCACCAAUCGCACCAGUGCGAGAGCAGCUGCUAUUGCCGGAGGAUGACAAUUUCUUUGCGUCUGGCAGCAGUGCCAACAGUCGCUUGUCGCGUGUCACGCAGCGUGUCAAGGUCUGCCCUCUAAGGGAUUUUGCACGCGAGGGCGCCCUAAUGGAGGAGCAACUUCAGGCGACGGGCGUUUACUCCGAUGCAAGCACACAUCGCCGCAGGCGUGAACGUUCCGCCCAAAUGGUUGUAGCUGGCCAGGCCAUGUCGAUGCAGAGUCGCUCCAGCGCCAGUUCCUCAUCCCGCCUAGGUGAUCUCUUUCGCCCGCCCACCGAUAUCCUCUAUUCGGGCUCGCUGGCAGCGGCACGUGAAUUCGCAAGCAAGCGCGAACGAUGGCUUCUUGUCAAUGUCCAAAGUGAUAAUUUUCAGUCCCAAACAAUGAAUCGCGAUGUGUGGAGCAUCAAGGAACUUAAACAAUUGGUCCGACGACAAUUUGUACUCUGGCAGGUUGAUAAUGACAGCUCCGACGGUCGUCGAUUCGUCGCUUUUUAUCACUGCGCCAAGCUUCCCUAUUUGUGUGUCAUUGAUCCACGCACUGGAGAGGAAGUGUGGCGCAGCUCGGAACCCAAUCAGCAGAAUGUUCUGCCCGACUUGAGGCAAUUUCUACGCGAUCAUCGCGACUUUUCGUUGGAGGAAGCAAGCACCUCAAAACGCGCGGCCAUUCAAAUUGAUGAUGACGAUGAUCUAGAGGAUACAGCCUCAUGCUCCUCCUCAACCGCAGGAACACCCAAGAAGCGUGCAAAGCUGCUCGAACUCACUGAGGAGGAGCAACUCGAGUUGGCCAUUAAAAAUUCCAUGAACGAAAAUGGUGGCGGCAAAGGAACAUCAAAAGCAGGCAGCACUUCCAAUGCCAAUGCCAAUGCCAGCGACUGCGAAAGCCUCGAGGAGUUCGACGAGGAUGAGCUCAAAGGCAUUGCGAUCUCUUAUGAAACUCAGCUGGGCACUCAACUUGAGGAGCUGACAGCGCUUAAGUUACGCCUGCUUAACGCCACUGGCUCCGAUGAGGUCGUCCAAUUACGCUGGCCAUCAGAUACAAAGCUGAAGAUAUUGCGUCUUUAUAUAAGGCAAACGCACAAGCACAUACCGCUGGAGGGUUACAAGUUGAUCUGUGCCUUUCCCCGAAAGUCCCUCGAGAUGGAGCACAACGACGCCACACUAAAGGAAUUGGGAUUGCAUCCUUCCGCCAAUGUGCAUCUUACGCUGGACGAAUGAAUAAUUGUUUAAAUCAACGUUUGUUCGGCUUAUACUAUUUAUUUCAAGUAGUCUGUCAUUGUCUCCACUUGUCCUUUUAAUACACAUGAAUUAUACAUAUAUAUAUAUAUACUAAAUUAUUAAUAAGUGAACAUUAAUUGAAUAAAAUCAUGAACAUGCGCUCAAGUUCAAAAUGAA